CCCGAAUUCUGAAAAUGUUUCAAAAAGAUUUUCAACUUCGACAAUUGAAGUUAAAAACCAAGACGAAACAUUAUUCAAAAUGUUGCGCUAAACCAGUAGAGGGCACACUUGAACAAGCUGAAAGAUUGAAAAACAUAUGACUCCAAAAUUUUUUGAUUGAAUGUUGUUUGUUUUUUUUGUAUUAAUUUAUUAUAUUGUGACCCGAAAGAAAAUUGAUUAAAUAUGGAACUUGAAGCUAUAAGUAACCCUAUUGCUCCAGCCCACCUGGACACUGGUUCAACACAAUCCAACAGGGAUGCUCAUCCUUUAACCAAUGAUGAUUUCAGAAAGCUUUUGAUGACUCCUAGGGCCGGCUCUUCUGGAUCAGCGUCUGUUCGUUCCGAUGUCCAUGCCUCCGUUAGAAGUGGUCGUAAAACGACAUUAGUUUCUGACAAUGAAAACCGUAACAAGAAAAAGAAAUUUUAUGCCGCUUCAAAGAAGCAAGAAGAGGGUGUUUUAUCAGAAUUAUCCAAGAAAUAUCGUGAUCGAGCAAAAGAGCGGCGAGAUGGAGCUAACCCGGAUUACCAAAAUGAGGAUCCUGUAAAAUCAAUGGAAGCUUAUCGAGCUGUUGCCCCUGAUUUUAAAUCCACUUUCGAUGCUGCUGAAAGACGUAAACGAAUGAUUGAAGAAUCUAAAUUCUUAGGAGGUGAUAUUAAACAUACUCAUCUUGUAAAAGGUCUUGAUUAUGCCUUACUUCAUAAAGUUAAAGCUGAAUUGGUAGAAAAAGAUGAUGACAAUGAUGACGAAGAAGAGGAGAAAAUACGAGGAAGACAUAGAAGGUCAUCAGAAUCUGAUAGUAAAGAAGAUUUCAUGCCAAAAUCAACAAUGGCGACUAAUAUUCUUGCUUUGUUAAAAGAGGAAAAGUUGAGCAAUGAACGAAAUGAACUAUUUCUUCCGGGUAGAAUGGCUUACACGAUUGAUCUGGAAGAUCCCUUCAUCGAUGAUAUCCCCACUACAAUUAUACGUAGCAAAGCAGACUGUCCUAACACAGAUAGUCUUUCUGAACUCAGCAUUAAUAAUAUAGUCAUCAACAAAUUGAUUCAAAUUACAAAUUACUUACGACAAGGUGGAGCACCGAGGAAAAAAAGAAAGAUCGAUCUAUCGACUUUAACGAUCUUAUCAAGACUGGUUGAGCAAAAUUAAAUAUAUUUAAUGAUGAUUGAAAAAUUGAAACCUUCCUUAUUCUGGGUUGAAAGACAUCUUAAUCAACAAUUGUAACAAUCAAUACAAGUUGUAAUAAUCGAAUGAAUGUAACAAUGAAUGUAACCUAAAAAUUUGAUCACAUUACGUCUUGAAUUUUAGGAGCACUGAACACUACUUGUAUUGUUGUUGUAUUAUCAUUAAUUUUAACAUGAAACAUUGCCAAUUUGUUGAUGGUGUUGAUCUUGUUUCAGGUUUAACACAUAAUCAGCUAAACAUAUAGUCAAAAAUAGGAAAGUAACAACAACAAACAAAAUGUAAUUCAAUCUAUGAACAGUUUAACACAUUAAAUGCUUGUUUUUGUAA